AUGCUAGAUAAGGACCAUAAUCGAGUAAAGCUUUCGAAUCUUGGAUUAUCAGCGAGAGGAGAAUGUUACAAAAUCAGCAAAGAAGAGAAAGUGCAUUUGAGGAUACGUUGGCAUGCACCUGAAGUGAUAAAAACUGGAUUCUACACUACACCAUCCGAUGUCUUCUCCUAUGGCAUCCUCGUUUGGGAAAUAUUCCAUUACGUUCAAAGGCCAUAUGGUAAAAUUGAGAACCAUGUCAUACGAGAAAAGUAG